AUGGGGAGAAAAACACUUAAGGAAACAGAGGAAGCUAAGAGUCCUGAGGUGGUCAGAGAAUUGGAAAAUGGAAGUGAUAUUGAGAUGUCAGAUGGUAUCUCGAUCGUUGACGAGAGGCCCAAACCCGUCAAGCCCAAGGAUCGCCCCUGGGUUAGUGAAAUUGUUCGUAAACACUGCAGCAACACAAGUACCUCUAUACCGGACAUAUUUUCUCAGGAUGCGACUGUAAUAACUAUUGAUUUGGUUAAACGCUUUUUCGACCAAUUGAACGCUGCCAUCCGAGAACGAGACAAGGCAGAAGGACACGAAUGGUCCUCUACUGAUAUUGAUACUAUCAAUUUUCAAACCUAUAAUGGGUUUCGAAACUCAUGGCUUAAAACGGUGAAAAAGUUCCAAGAAAGAACGAUAGACGCCAAAAAAGGCUGGAGUGAUUUUGCAACUCUCCAGGCAAGCCUAGCCAAAUUCAACAAGAUGCACAACUUGCCAGAAGGUUGGAACUUGGAUGUAAGUUGGGCUGAGAGCAUUCUAGGGAAACAAAGUGCUCCGCCAACAGACGCUGGAAGUUCAGGUGAAAUUAACGAGCUAGAAUAUGAUCUCCAAUCUUUGAGGAUGAGGUCAAGACCAACAUUCACAAGGGAGGACAAAUGCAAAGUUCUCUACUGGUGGAAGGCUGGGAAAUACAAUAUCGAGUGUUUUGUCCAAUAUAAACGGGGGGGUCGCUCUGUGCAUCGAAUUGAGUCUAUGGCCUACCAUGAGUUUGACAAAGAAACAGUACCUCGAAUCCGCACUGAGGAUAGACAGCUCUUUCAGACAUCCGGCGACUCAUGGAAAUUUUCAGCGAAAGAUAUUGACAAACUCCUUGCUGUCGGGUGGAGAAUCCCACGAGCCUACAACGCAAAUGAUGACGCUCUCCAGCAUAUUCGCCCUCCCAGCGCAGAAUCAUCAAGGACUAAAUACCCGAGGACCGAAUUGCUUAUCCAAUUCAAAGAUGGAUCAGUUACCCUGGAGACUCGAGGUGGGUUCCGUCGAGCUGUACGAAACAAAGGAGUGGCUGAUAGGAUGAUCUAUACAAUGGCGGAGGAGAGAGAGUCGAAGUACAACUUGAGUACAGAUAAGGCGUCAGAGAGAAGUGUUCACUUUGGGGGAACAUCCCUGAGCGGGUAUUCGGUUGACCGUCUCCGUCCGUCUGGAAAAUAUCCCCCCUACGCUAAGAGCAGUGGCUCUGCAAAAUCUGAGCUCAUGCAGGAGAACCACGAGCUGAAAGAGCGUCUACGCCUUUUGGAACGGCAACUGGAGAAACAGAGGUCCCUUUUCAAAUCUUCUGAUAGUGAUGAUGAGCACUUUUCAAACAAAGAAUUAUGA